AAUUUACUCUGUUUCUCUGAAAAUCAGAGUCGUUUUUGAAAACUACUCUAAGUGCCUUGAGUAAAAAAAUUGAUGUUUUUUUUUACUCUGAUUAUAUCAGAGUAACCAUUUGUACCCCUCUGAGGGUUAGUGUACAGGGGGUAUACCUAUAGAUUUCCCCUGUACCCUGUACCUGGCCUUGCCCCAAUAUCCCGCAAUACGCGAGUGAGCCCGACGAUGGCGGUGGCGACGAGUCUGUCCAUCUGCGAACUCCUAGAUCGCUCCCUCUUAGCGGGCUCGACUUUCUCCGUCGAGUUGCUACCGCUCCAGUUGAGCCACAGCCUCUGCCUUCUCUCAGUAGUGAGGAAUGGGACAGGAAUUUGGAGGCUAUGGUUGACGCUGGUCCUGUCGCCGAACCUUCAGUUGUACCUGUUGUCACUGCAUCAACCCCAGCGUCCACAUCAACGGCAUCAACUCCUGCCUCAACUCCUGCGUCCGCCUCAGAAAAGAAGCGUCGCUUCAACCAGACUUAUCUCCCGUUCGCGCCGCCUCCCCCUAAGUCUCCGCCACCACCAGAGCCAGAGCCCGUGCCACAGCAACUGCCUUCGGCUGCUUUAACCCCCGCCGAGAAGAUGGCGAAGGCCUAUCUUGCUGCGCAACGGAAGUACACUGCCGACUGGUUACCGAAAUUCCCCUGGCUAGUGCUGGAUAAGACUAACGAUGGUGCACCUUGCUUGCGUUGCAGUAUCUGCAUGGAGCACGGCAAAGACCACGCACGAUACGGGCGCAACGGCCUCGCCAACAUGCUGAAGACGAGGGACUGGGCCAAAAGCUAUCCGAAUCUCAUGAGGAUCUGGCAGGCGAUGGCGGUUCUGCCCUUGAGCACCGUCGAGUGCGAGCGCGGUUUCAGCAGGCAGAACGCCGUCAAGAGCUGGCUGAGGACGACCCUGUGUGAUGCAAGACUCGGCGACCUGAUGACCAUUAGCCUCCUGGAGUACGACAUGGACUACCCUGAGAUCGUGGAGAUCUGGAGACGCCAGAAGAACCGCAGACAGGCAAAAGUGGUGGCUUAUGAGAGGAGCAGCGAUGCUGCCAAGGGCAAGGAGCAUGAUGAGUCAGAGGAGGAUAGUGGCUCUUGUGAGAGUGCCUCAGAGGGAGACGAGGAUGAGCAUGGUGACUAAUGUAUGUAUGUGUAUUUGAAAUGGAACGUACG